AUGGAGUGGCUGUUUGGGUCAACCUCGCCGGCCGCUCCACCGGUGAGCGCCAAACUGUCGGCGUCCACCACGCAGGGCCGCAGCGCGCCAUCCCGUGGUGACGAUUCGUGGCACAAGAACCGUGGCAACGAGUUUUUCAAGUCCAAAGACUUCGAGGCUGCCAUCCGCGAGUACUCGCUGGGCAUCGAACGGAAGCCCACGGCUACGCUGCACAGCAACCGCUCGGCCGCUUACUGUGCACUGGGGCAGUACCAACUGGCCAAGGCAGAUGCCGAUGUAGCCAUCACUCUGGAUCCAGAGUGGGCCAAAACGUACUCGCGGAAGGGCAAGGCGCUGUACGGCAUGGCCUCGUACAAAAUGGCGGCAGACGCCUAUGCCCGUGGCUUGGAACUCUGUUUGCGAGGAGCCGUGGGUGAGGCUCAACAGAGGGACACUGAGCUGGAAGCACUCAAGCGCCAGACGGACAGCCAGGCUGAAGCGUAUCUCCGUUUAUUAGAGGAAAACAACCAACUCAAAAGGCAACUGGAGGAUUACCAGCACAUGUUUGGCGAGUGGACGAAGAAGGAAAUGUGA